AUGGCCAAGCAAGAAGGAUGUCAUGGGUCGCAGACCUUGGACGAUUUGGUUAUGGGGACAAACAGCAGCAGCAUUACUUCGAAACGCAGUGUUGAGCGUCUGUAUCAUUCAAAUGAAGUUCCUUUCUUUCGCUAUUUUGUCCCAAAGUUUCAAAGGAGAGCGCCCCUUAUUAAUAGAGGCUAUUGGCUGCGUCUUCGGGCGAUUGAUACCAUAGUGCACAACGAUGUCCUUUUCAUUGAUGUGGACUAUCCUGACCUCAUAAAGAAGAAGCGGGCCAUAGUCUUACAGACUCCAGAGCUUCGAAGUCUUCUUGGAGAAGAUUUCACUCUCGGUGAUGAAGAUAAAGACGGUCUACUCCUGCGCAGCAAUAAGUAUUGCCAGCUUGGGUGUGACCUUCGACAGCUUGAUCGGCUGCGUAUGACUUUGGAAUCAUUUAUCAGCCUUCCUGAGUGUGCCAUUCUCUUCGUGGCAGAGGUUUCAAUCACGUAUAUGGACACCCUAUCUGCCGACUCUCUAAUCCAGUGGGGAAGCACUGUUGGUCGAGAAAACGAUUUUUGUCUCCUGGAACAGAUCCUACCAUUUGGAAAAAGCCAUCCGUUUGCCCAGCAGAUGCUUAGUCAUUUUGUUAAGCUGGGUACUCCCCUGCGCUCUGUUGAACAGUAUCCAACAGUUGAGAGCCAAGUGCGCCGGUUCCAGGACCGCGGGUGGCCUCGUGUGGAAAUAAAGGAUCUGUGGCAAGCAUGGUCAAGUGAAGAGUUUGUGACCGACUCAGAGAGAAUUGCUCUCGAUGACGUCGAGCCCUUCGACGAGUGGGAAGAAUUUAUACUAUUUGCACGCCAUUACUCCAUUCUCCAUGCAUCAACCAGCUGCAACGAAAGCUCAUCCCCACAAACGUCUGCUUCAGCCGCUAGUGAGAGUCCAAAGACGUUCGCAGGCCUACGCGUUGAAAUGAUCGGUAGAUCCAUCAAGAAACCUACCAAGAGACGAUUUGGAAAUAGCAUGAUCCUAAGUAAUGCACUUGGGCAGAGAUACGCUCUUAAUUUGCUAGGGAUGAGUCUCAACAGCAGAGAAUCUACUUAUGAUAUCUUCUCGCUUGAUGGGCAGCACCAAACAACUCCGCAGCUGCCGCCUUCUGGACCUCCUGCUCGCAUGUGUUUUACACUGACAGACCUAGGAGAUUAUGGAGUUAUGCUAGUUGGUGGUCGUACGUCGCCCUCCUGUGCCCUUUCAGACUGCUGGCUUUUCGAAAGAGGUGUCAAUCCGCGUUGGCGCGUGAUGCCGCAAUUGCCCGUUCCCUUAUUUCGGCAUUCUGCUCUUCGAUUAGGGAAUUCAUCUCUUCUUCUCAUCUUUGGAGGCAAGAAAAGCUCAUCGCAGCUCUCGGACGAGUUUUUUCUUUUUAACCCCCAAAGAGCUUGCUGGCAAAGUUGUACGAUACUGGGACCUGCUCCCGAGACUUGCUUUGGCUCACUCGUUUGCAAUUCGUCCUCCCCGUCAAGCACCCCAGGAGUAUUUAGUGGCAUGUUAGCCGGAGGAAUCUCCAAGAAUGGGUGUAUUGCUACUAAGCAGUAUAUAUGGAAAAUAAACACCUGCGAAACUGAGCCGACCAUUUCGUUUUCCCCCACCACAACCAAUAACCCCAAUAGCCAGAUACUCUCCUCGUUUGGUGCUCAAACUGUUCAUUUAGGGUCCUCUGUAAUUAUAUGUGGUGGUAUGGGAGCGGAUCCGUGCCUGCAUGGUCAAACUAUUGCUGUUAUUACCACUUCUGGUGAAGGAUUUGAAGUUUCAAACUUUUCAACCCCCAAUUACGAAGAUCCUAUGCCGUUUAUGAUUGGAUCUUCAGUUGUACAAGAUGGCGAUUCUCUUCUGGUGCUCGGUGGGGGGGCGACUUGCUUCUCGAUGGGGACCUUUUGGGAGACGGGCAUUUACAAGAUCUGUUUGCCUGACCAUAUCUUGAAGUCUUCUUAUUCUUCAUCAGGGAUAUACAACCCGUCCAACUCUACUGUCGAUCUCAUUGGAUGCCGAAAAUUUUCAGCCGCCUCAGCUAUUACAAGUCCAGACAGUGUUAACAACCCGGAUCAUCAGGAUCAGGGAGUAUCUCUAACCUCUGUACCCAGAAUACAACUUGAGUCAGCCGAACAGUUCCAAAAAAUCGUUGGUGAAGGGAAGCCAGUCAUUUUCAAGAGUUGCAGCAUCGGAGAGUGCCAACAAAAAUGGACCCCUGACUUCCUUGUAAACCGAAUUGGCGCAAAUGAGAAGUUUGUAAUACAUGAGUCUUAUGAGGAUACGGGUGUGUUGGACUUCAACAGCAAAAAUUUUGCGUAUGUGACAGACUCGUUUGGGAACAUCAUGAAUAAGCUGCAGUCUGGGGCCCGGGUUUAUCUACGAGCUUUAUCUCGAAAUAAGCCAUCUGAACUGCCAGCAAAGCUUGAAGAGGAUUUCCCAAAUUUGGCAGAAGACUUUACCCUUCCACCAGAAAUGGCCUAUAUCAAAGACCACCUAUUCAGCUCCGUGUUGAGAUUAUCAGGGCGAGCAAACAUGUGGCUGCAUUACGAUGUUAUGGCAAACGUUUAUGCACAGGUGGCUGGGGUUAGAAAGAUGAUUUUAUUUCCUCCCAGUGACGUGAAACACAUGUCCUUCGCCCCGGGUGCUUCUAGCUCGAGUGUGAACGUUUUUCAAGCGCUAGAAACUUCGUCUUUGCUUCGGGCGACGCAUCCUCACGAAGCUGUAUUACACCCAGGCGACGUCUUACUAAUACCGGCUCUCUGGCUCCAUACAGCUGCUCCAAUAACCGACAUGAGUACUGCAGUCAACGUUUUCUUCCGUGAUCCAGGUCAGAAAGAUCAUUAUUCUUCCGGACGAGAUGUUUAUGGUAAUAAGGAUCUGGAGGCAUAUGAGAAAGGGAGGCAGGCUAUUGCUCGGAUUGCGAAAAGCUUGCAGUCGCUGCCAUCUGCUGCUAGAGAAUUUUACCUCUGUCGACUUGAAGAUGAGCUACGAUUGGCUGCCGAGGCAUAG